AUGCUUGUAUGGGCCCCCUUUCAGAGCUUGAACUCGGCUUCGAAAUUCGCCUUAGAAGGCCUGUCCAAGAGCCUCGCGCCAGUUCUACGUAAAGCUUACAACAUCAGGGUCAGCAUCCUCGAGCCCAGCGCUGUCUCUGCACCGAGCCUGGUCGAGGCGCGGUCCUCCCGUGCUUUCCUGGACAACCUGUGCGCUGGCUGGGGCCAGGUCCCCAAAGAUCUCUUCCUCGACUACUUCCAGAAGGACCUGGGCCCCGCCAUGCACGCCAGCUGCACGCCGGAGGAAGUGGCUCAACUGUUAGAGGACAUCGUCUCGAGUCAGGACCCUCACCUUCGGUACCAGACGAAUGACAAGGCGGCCGUCAAGCUGGUUGAUCCGACCGGCAACUCAAUUCUCAAAUUCUUCCAAGCAAUGCAGUGAAGUGUUAUGUCUCCCAAAAAGCUGGUGUAUAAGGCUUGCCUUGAUUAUCACGCCCGAUUUAACCGUAACUUUGUUCUUCGCCGAGCCUCUGCGCUGAAAGUCUGCAACACUAAAAAUUCCCUAGCCAAAGAGGGAGCCCUGGCGGAGUUGUUGCCGCGGUUGGAGAAACGGCAGAUCCCUUUGCACAUAAGUGGAAAUAUUUUGAGUCAACUCGUACAUGACAGUAGACCUAUGUACUGAAGACAUCACACUUAGUUUAUAUCACUGGCGUAUCUGCGCGGGGGGGGGGUGCUACUUGCCCCCUGGUGAGUUUUUAUUCAGAAAUUGAAAGUGG